CGCGCCGACAACACGCCACCCGGAGCAGCGUCCGCGACCUUCCAUGCAUCAAACUGAGAGGUAGAUUUAGUUUCUAAUGACAGUUUGAGAUGAUAAAAGAGGAGAAUUAGAGUUUAUUAGACUGUAGAGGGAAACAGAAGAGACAUGUUCCGGUGUAGUCUGGUGGUCUGUGGCAGAGGAGUCUCUAAGAGGUUUGCCUCCUCGUUUUCUGGAGAGAGUCUGUUGCCUCCAAAUCUCCUGCUGCCCUCAAACCUCAUAGAUCCUGCAAGAUUAAAGCGUCCUCCUCCUCCUGCCGACUGCUCGCUGCCUCUCCUGAGGAGUUGCGAUGCCGUCGUUCCGGCUCACCUGAGCCCCGUCCAGACGUGGGUGGAGACCCUGGAGAGUCGGGACAGUGAGCCGUUGGGCUUGGUUCAGCUCCACCCGGACGUGUUUGCAGUUCCCCCGAGGCUCGACAUUCUCCAUCAGGUUGAAAUAUGGCAGAAAAAUUUUAAAAGAAUCAGCCACGCCCACACAAAGGUGAGGUCAGAAGUCCGAGGUGGAGGCAGGAAACCAUGGCAACAGAAAGGAGGUGGACGAGCGCGACACGGAAGCAUCCGCUCACCGAUCUGGAGAGGAGGUGGCGUUUCUCACGGACCCAGAGGGCCGACCAGUUAUUACUACAUGCUACCCAUGAAGGUCAGAGUGCUCGGACUCAAAGUGGCUCUGAGCUCCAAGAUGGCUCAGGACUACCUUCACAUCGUGGACUCUUUGAACAUCCCGACCCCAGACCCUCAGUACCUGCUGGACCUGAUCCGACACAGACACUGGGGGGAGUCGGUACUCAUAGUGGACCUAGAUGAAGAGAUUCCUGAAAAUAUUCUCCAGGCGACGGCUGAUCUGAAGACGGUGAACAUAAUUCCAGCCAUCGGUCUGAACGUCCACAGCAUGCUGAAACAUGAAGCUCUCGUCCUCACGCUGAAAACCGUCAAGUUUCUGGAGGACAAACUGCUGUGGCACGACGAGCGCUUUACCCCUCUGUACCCGUUCAAGCUCCCGUACUCUGGUGUCCCUUAGAAACCACCUUUAAGACCUCCACAGAUGUUUUCUUUGUGUUUAUUAUGUAAAAAGAUCAUGAAUAAAUAUUUCAA